AGUACCAUCCAGGACGAGAGACCCGCUGUGUUAUCCCAAUUAUAGUACCCUACGAUAAAAUAACGAUACUGCUUUAUUUUCGAACAUUUCCACUGGUAGUACUUAUCUCAAGCAGCGAAGAUGAAGAAAAGGAAGCCGAACUAGUAGUGUUGUAGUAGUACUUUCACUUUUUUUUGUUCAACAUCCGUCCCCCACGAAAAUCAGUUAGUACACUAUUAAAAUCACCCAGUGACAUCAGUGUUCCCGUAAUUAUAUGUUGCGCCAGCUACAACUGAAGUUCAUUAUGUGCUGACGCUAUAGGUGGCAGUGGCACACAAACGACUGCUGGUAGCUGCACCUAAGGGAACAUCUUCUGAAAUAAAAAUCAUCAUCCAUUCAUAGUUUUGCAGGACAAACAAAAUGCGUGGUACUUAUGUAUUAAGAGCUACUUGAUGCAGCUUCUACAACACUGUGGCUGUGUAAAUCAGUUUAGAUUUUUUGGGAGGACAACAUCUAUCUACAGUUGAACUAGAAGAUCAUACAGCUCAAAACAUGACGAUCGACCCGAACAACCGCAAGAGGGCUCGCGCCACCCGCGGAAACCCGAACUUUAACACGACGGACCAUUUUCAGUUGCAGCAACAGCAAAACAGCGGCAUGGUGACCAGCAACAACAAUUUUGUUCAAGACGAUCCACAUUCAAACAACGCGAACGAGCGGAACUGGCACGAGGAAGUCCAGGCGUCGGACGGAAACUGUUUGUACCGAUCUGUUUCCGACCAGAUGUACGGCACACCGGAGUUUCACGAAAUGGUUCGUAUCAUGAGGAAAAAGCUCUCCUCCCCGUACUCGGAACGGGAAUUUGUAAUGCUGGUUUGUGACCACAAAUCAGCUCUGUCUUGCGUAUGGGACGAAUGGGAGCCAUUGGCAGCAUUCCACAGCCAAUCUGUCAUGCGCUUUUGCUUACUGCAAAGCUGUCUGCCAUGCCUAACUGCUAGCCUUCUGCCUACCCAGUCAGGCGUAGAAAAUGCCUCCAAGCAUUUCCUGCAAGACAACGCUGAUUUGCGUAGAGAAAUCCAGCAACAGAAAUUUUCUGUUUUGUAUGGGGUGGGGGCUUUUUCCACUUCGAUAGUUCGGAAAAAGUGUUUCGAGUACAUGCGGCUGGAAAGGGCGCAUUAUCCUCCGCAAAAACAUUCUUACCCCAGAGUUGUCGUGCAAAUCUGCAUGCCUAAAAUGGUUCUCAUGCGCAGGCCCAUGAGGAGCGUUUUCUAGUCGUGUUUUGCAAUUUGUCAUGUUCGAAUCACCACGAUAUUCUAGAUCUGUGAUGCUGCUGAACUAGCUAAACAGGAUCACAAUACGACGCCAAACUUGUCAUGCGCAACUAUCAAAGCUGGUAGAUUUGUGUAGCAGAUUUUUCAACUUGACUCUGGGGUGUGGACGUUUUUACUCAGGAUACGCAUUUUCAGAACUUCCUGAACGUGUACGAGGACGGCGACUUUGAUUCUUAUGUGGACCGGAAGCAGCAACUGGGAGUCUGGGCGGACGACAUGGAGAUCCAGUGUCUGAGCGAGAUCUACGAUAGCGGCGUGGAGAUUUACGACCCAGACGGGAAUUUGCAGAAAACCUAUCAAAAGGAAAAAUCCCCCCUCCCCCUAUCGAAAACGAAAUUUGUGAUGCUGUAUUUGAGUUGACACAAUUCGAUUUGUAUUGCUAGAAGGCCAGGAGACGCAGCUGCUCCCGCGUUUGCAGGCAAGUUUUCAUGCUGUUUCCCGUUUCAAGUUCGUUCCUGUCAUGCUGAAGACGCAAGGCUUUCCUACGCCAGCCAGCACUGCAGUCCGCAUCUCUACAUCUCUUCUAGCAUGACAGCGUUACAACUUGUGAUCACAAAUCACGCUACACAAAUCUCGCUUGGAGUAUGGGGUGGGGGCUUUUUUCCUUUUGAUAAAACCUUCCACGAGCACUCCGGAAUGAGCAGCGCGAAAGGGCCGAUAAAUGCUGGCGGUUCACCUUUCGUACAUCAACCAGGUGGAGGUAGCACAACUAUAAGUACAGCUGUGAACCCGAAUUUCUCCAAUUCAAACUUCAAUCCGAUGCAGGAAAUAGAGGACGAUUUAGCAGCGCAAUCCGCCUGGUCACACGCAGUAUCCGCGGUGGGUGGAUCUGGUGCGGCGAAUGUUGUGAACAAUAGCGGAGGUGGUAGCGCGAGCUCAAGUAGCAGUUCGAACAACAAUCCGCAGAACAAUAAUUACGCGGCCAACUACAAUAAUAACCCCCUGCUCUUCAUGCAGCAACAGCAAAAUGUAAAUUUCGCUUCCUACCCCCCAGCAUCAGCAGCUGGUAGUGCAACUAGCUUCAGUCGAGCUGCGCACCAGCAUCCGCAACGACAAGCACAGGCAGAUAGGAAGAAGUCGAAGCAGGAGGAUGAGGAUAGCUUCGACUUUCACAGAUUAAAUUACACGGUCAUCCGCUUGACCUACCGGGGGCAAUCCCACUACAACAGCCUCCGCGACAUGAACACCUGGAACGCUCGCGCUCCGCAGAUCGGGAAAGUUCGGACCCGUUUUUUGAAAAAAACCAACUCGCCCGAACACAGCAUCAGCUGGCGGCUGGAAGACGCGGGGUCCGUGGAGGAUUUCGCAAUACAAAUUCGGAAGGAGCAGCACUUACGCGCGAAGGAAGCGAUGAGGAGGCAGCGGGAGUUGGAACAAAUGGCGCACCAGGGCGGCUUGCAAGCGGGCACCAGUCGUGCAGCGAAUCCCUCUACUACUACAACCUCCGCUUCGAACCUUCUACAAAUGAAUGCUUCUCCGUUGACGACGAACGCACCGAGCACCGCUGCCGGUCAGGACCCUUUGCUGCUUCAGCAACGGCAGGCGAACGAGGCGAAUUUCAAGCUCGAGUCCGAGUUCAUGCAAAAGGCGCAACAGGAAUCCCUGGAGCAACUGCAGAAACAGGAGGAGAUGGUAUCAGGAGGAAAAAUCCCGCCUUCCCAUAUCGGAACGAAGUUUCUGAUGCUGGAUUUGCGUACACAAGUCAGCUGUGUCUUGCAGUGAAGGUCUACAGGCCCAUAUCACGCCUGAGUAGAGAGGAGCUGGUCUAGGCGUUUAGCAUGAGAAACGUCUAUUCUGUAGGCCCACCAGCAUCACAGACCGCCGGCAUAAUGCGGCGGAGUCUGUGGGGUUGCCUUCUUGCAAGACAGACGCGAUUUGUGGCCACGAAUCCGCGUUACAAAUUUUCUGAGGCGUGCUGUUCGAUAUGGGGAGGGGGGAUUUUUCCCCGCGAUAGAUGGAGCUCAAGAAGGCACUGAUGGCGAGUCUGGACAACAGCACCUCUUUAUUACAGUGAAAAAUGCCCCCACCCCCAAAGUUGCAAUAAUUUGUGAUGCGAAGUUUCCAAGUGAAAACUUUUUGUCAUGCAUGAAAGGAGUAUGAAUCUUUCUGAUGCAGAGUCUAGCCGUGUAUCGCAUCGCUUGCAUCACAAGCGCUUCGCUUGCUGGGAUUUUUUGCAAUGCAAAUUCUCGCUAUUCACGACUGGCAAUCUGUGAUGCUGAUAGAUGCAAGAGGUCGAGUGUUUCAUUUGGAAAGGUUUGCAAUACAAAUGCUCCCAAGUUCGGGGAUGGGGGCAGUUUUCAUUGCAAUACCCUUUCAUCCCAACUGCUGUAACAUCUUCCAUGUCUACUACCAGCGCGGACGCGCCAGCGGCGGGGAUAAAUCUGCAGCUUCAGCAGCAACAUAUGGAUUGCAAAAGUCUCGUACUAGUAGUAGUUAUCGCAAUACAUCAAAUUUUCAUCUCAGCACGCCAGAGCAGGGAAUCUGUAAUGCUGUUUUAGCUUAGGAAGGCGAUAAUUUGUCAUGCAUGUCUUCAAUUAGAAUUACUACGAGUGUGGUACUUUUGCAAUGCAUACCACAGACGCUGCAGCAACCUUCCUCCUCUGCUUCCACCGACGAUGAGGCGCUGUUUAUUGUGAGGAAAAAUCUCCCCUCUCCAUAUCGAAAAGGAAAUUUGUGAUGCUGAUUUGUGACCACAAAUCAGCCUUGUCGUGCGUACAAGGCAAACGGCACACAUCUGGCGCAUUGUGCAACCAGUCUGUCAUGCGUUUUCGCCAAUGUUAGACUUGUUUCUCAUGCGCAGCUGCUAGCCGGAUGCGUAGUACCCAAAAAGGCUUAGAGUAUGCCAAAAAGUUCUUGCUGCAAUACAAAGUUCAUUUGUGUACACAAAUCCAGCAACACAAACUGUCUUUUGGGUAUGGGGUGGGGGCGUUUUUCAUUGUAAUACUGUUGCAGGAGGCACUGCUACUGUCGAUGGGCGUAAAAAGUAACGCAGGAUCUACAACUGCAACGAACGCAGAACAGGGAAAGACGGCUGCCGCGCCACCGAGCGGGAAGGAGCCGGUGUCGGAAGCAACAUCUUCGGCGGGAACAAGCACGGGAAUAAAUACGCAUGCUGGUGGUUUAUCUUCUGCAUCUGCAUCACAAGUAGAUCCCAACAAGCAAGUCCCCGACGCGGUCAUCCAGUGCAUGUCCAUGGGCGUUCCGCUGGAGAAGGCAUGGAAGGCGUACGAGUUUGCAGGGCCGGAUUUGGAUGAAAUGAUUCUGUUUAUCACGAAUCUGGGAUGA